UUCCUCUUCUCUCUCACUUUCCCUCCUCCGGUCUUCGUUCUCUCAGCUUCCUGUCCCUUCCUUUCUACGCUACAAGCUAUCCCUUCUCCCCAUCAACACCAUCACUGCCUCUGACCAAGAGAGGUCGUUCAGCAGGUGCCCAGCAAGUGUCGGGUCGUCAGAAGAACAAGCGUAUAGACUAAAGCUUGCUGGAGAACGAACGUGGUAGACGACGCCCUAUACGAAUCGAUGUCUGACACCAACUCGUUGAAGGAGACCACGCGGUCCUUGUGCCAACCAUCUUCCAGGGUGCAUACCUCUGUCGAGCCUCCGUUCAUGGGUCGCUUCCAGCCCACGGUCGUGCGUCAAAAGCCUCGUCCGGAGGUGUCCUUCGACAAGGGAGGCAGCGACUUCCGCUGCCCGAGAACUUUCAGCUGCCUGGGCCAGCAGGCCCUGUCGAGAGACGUUUAUCGCUCGGCGGGGAGGCCGGUGUUCACGAGACAGGACAGGUGGCACGUGCCUGGCGACAAGUUCAGAGCGCACGGGGGAACGCCGAUCUCGUCUCUGGGCAACCAGCCCACGUCCACCAGGACCUCGGCCGGUCGGGCGCACUUCGGGACUUCUACCCGUAGUAGCGCCAAGAAGAUGUACGCGCUCUGGUCUGUCGGGCAGCAACGAUGACGGCGCCGUGUGCACAUGUGCGUGUUGUCCCUUGUAGUCGGUCGCAUGGCUAGAACGGCAGUCAAAUCGGGCCAACUGUAGAUAGGUAUUGGCGCACAUCAUGGCAGCUUGACUGACGUUAACAAUGUCGGACUAUGAGCCACUGCCAACAGUAGGAAAUAUUGAGGCAAGGACCGAACCAUAUGUGUCGUAACGCCUGAAACGGGAAGGGUCGGCUGAGUUGAUGGUCGUUUUUGACUUGUGCUCGUGUGCUCGUAUACGACUUGAAAAGCACCCAAGUGCUUCAUAUCGCAGGGAGAGAUCGGAACACUUGACUAUCUCACCAUGUAGGUGGUGGAUAUCAAGUGUAUUCAUUUCUUUGAUUUGGCCGGCCAGCCAGCGGCAAUACCGAUGGCGAUGGGAUGACUGCUGUGAAAAGCAGGAAAACACAGGCUUAAUGGGUUCAUUUUUUCU